UAUAUUACUCUAUAUUGGGUUAUGUAAAGAGCAAGAUUCAAAAGAGAUUGCAGCCGUUACUGAUUUCCUUGUUUUAGAGCAGAUUAGUACAUUUUUCCAAUAAAUCAAUGAAUGCAGAAUGAGAUUAUUAUCAAAAGCCGCCCUUUUUGUCAUAAAUCUUAGUGACACCCUUCCCUGCUUUGCUAUUAAUUUCAAAGAACUCAGUGUUAAAAGAGCCUAAGAUUUCUUACAGUAAGAUUGUAUAUUGCAUUGUAUGAAUGUGAUGUAAUAACUGUAACAGGGAUUGUGUGGUAUAAAUGCCAGCACAAAUAUGCAGUUUUUACAAUGUCACAGGUCUAUGAAGGUUGUCUAUUGUUCGCUUAAUAUUUCCAACAUGAAGAAGCUGCAAUUUUUCUGUCAACAGGAUCGCAACACAGCAGGCAGAAACAGAAAUCAAAGAUGUGGUAACUACAACAGCGUCAUGGAGUCUGAUUACGACGUGGUGAAUGACCAGGAGGAAGUGCUGAAUGUGUGCAUACUUCCUGCAAGGCCCUUAAACGAAGAAAGAGAGUAUGCAGACAGGGAUCUUCCAAGGUCAUUAUCAGCUCAGAGCCUUUCUUCACUCUCCAGGGGUAACUCCAACAUCCUCCCUAGAUGUCCACCCAGAGAAAUCCAACAUACUAUAGGGCCUGCUGUAAACAGAGAUCUGAAACCUGGCAGAACAAAGACCAGAUUCGAUAAGAGGUCCACGCUUGUACCGCCAGGAGACCAGCGCUCACACAGGUGCUCUCCAUCUCCUCCACCGUCUACCCUGGAGUUAGUGAAUCGCGUGCCUGGAUGGACUCUACACAAACCCAGCAGGAGCGAUGGACAAGAGAAGGGAAAAAAAGCAGAAUUCUCACAUGCCAUAGGCCUACAGAAUGUGGAAAGUUUGUCAGCGCCCCAUACCAAUCACAGACAUUCUUUGGAUUUGGAAACUCAUAGUAUAGAAAUAAGGUCACAACAAAAUCUAGAAAGGGUGCCAUCCAAACGUCAUCACCAUGAGUGGCCUCAAACCAAAGAAGACUUUGACCAACAUGACUUUGUUCCAAAGGAAAAGCCUCAACAGACCUAUUGUGAAGAAGACUGGUAUGUUGGGGCUUGUAAUCGAGCAGAUGCUGAGCACGCCUUACACCUGGUGAACAAGGAUGGGGCAUUUUUGGUACGAGACUGCUCCAUUUACACCAACAGCGAGCCAUUGGUACUGGUUGUGUAUCAUGAGAAGAAGGUUUACAAUGUAAAAAUUCAGUUCAUCGAGAGCACCUGCAAGUACGCCCUGGGAACAAGACAACAAUCAAAGGAUAUGUUUGACUCUGUGGCAGACAUCAUCAAGUUUCACACCAUAUUCCCAAUAACAUUCAUCAGUGGGAGAAAUAUACCUGGAAACAAAUACCCAGAAAACUGUGUGCUGACAUGUCCAGUAACAAAGAGGGAUGUUGACCUCCUCCUGCAAUAACACAUGCACCAUUCCAGCAAAGAUAAUCUGUUGAAUCCCAUCUGAUUAAUCACAUCUGGUUAUGUGGCUACGUAACCCAAAACAUCGAUUAAAGUUCAUCAUGAGCAUGUUAGGAAAAAGUGUAGACAAAUUGUGAAAGUGUUUGCU